AUGACAUCCGAUGAAAACUAUACCGUCUUCAGAGAAUGUCUCUCGAGUGCCAUCGUCGCCCGUUCCGAGGACAAACCCAAGACGGUCAAACGACGACAGAAGCCUAAGCGCAAUGGACGCAAAGACGAGACGACUAGCUCGGAAAUAGCCACAAAAUACACACGAGCCGAUCCGGAAGAGUUGGCCGAGUUCAUCGAUUUCAUCGCCUCCGAAACCUUCACCUCCUUCCCCGAAGACCUCCAAACCCUCUCCUACGCCGCAAUCCAACACAACACAAACCUCGCAACCCUCUACAUCCCACCAGAAACAGACACCCCGCUCCCCCGCACCACCCUCGAAUCCCUCUGCAUUAUAAUCCCAGUCGACGUAACAGAUUCCCUAACGGUCUAUGGCAUUCUCCCUGCAGCAGACGACUUUCCCGAAUUUAUAUCCCCCGUUUUAACAGAAUACGUAACUAGCGUGACGAGCGGGCCGCCAGCAUGGUCAAAUACACGUACUGAUGCAUGCGAGAUAUGCGAGCGGGAUUGGAUCCCACUAUCAUAUCACCAUCUCAUACCGCGCGGUGUGCAUGCGAAGGUGAUCAAGAAGGGAUGGCACGAUGAAUGGAUGUUGAACAGCGUUGCGUGGCUUUGUCGGGCAUGUCAUAGUUUCGUGCAUCGGAUGGCGAGUAACGAGGAGCUUGCUAGGGAGUGGUUCACUAUUGAUCGGAUAUGCGAGAGGGAGGAUGUGCAGGAUUGGGCGAAGUGGGUUGGGAGGGUGAGAUGGAAGGCGAAGUAG